UACAUUAAAAUUAGUAAGACCUAAACUGAUCAUUAGUUUUCCAGUAUUAUAAACAAAAAGAUAGCAGCUUGAAAUAGUCCACUGAUGAAACAAUAAAAUAUGUGUCAGCGUGAGCAAAGCCUUCUAGCGAUAGAUUAUGUGGGAACAUCUGUCAUUUACAUCCGUCCUUGCUCUUCUGGUGCAUCCCUCUGUCCAUUUGACCAGCUCCAAGUGAGGCCACACCUCGUUUGGUUUAAGUUCAACAUAAAUGGCAUAUUGUUGUAUCAACAAUUUGUGUGUGCCCACACAGUUUUCCAUAAGAACAGACAUAUUACACCCUCUGGUGAAUCUGUCUGUUGCUUGAUAGCUGACACUUGGAAGGCGUGUGGAGAGUGGGAGGAAGUCUGGACAUAAAAAUUGUAUAAUCGUGAACCCACAGCAUGUUUGUGUUGCUUUUCAGUAAACACGCACUGAUAUUAAUGCUUUCAAUAAUAUAAAAGGGGGAGGAAAAAAUAGAUGCACACAAAUAUUUAACUGCAGUGUCCUCUGCAGCCCAGAGGCUGUUUUCUUAUCACUGCCAUGUUGCCUGUAACUCAGCACAUCUGUCUCUAUUUACUGCCUCUGUGCUUGUGUUAGCUGCGAUGUUAUGACAGCCGGGUGACUGAGGAGAUUACACUAAGAGGACAUAGAGUCCCCCCAUAUGGGCUUUGUAGGUCACUGGCCUCAUUUAAGCUGAAAAAAAAAAGGUCCAGACCCCUACGGGAGUUUCAUUGCAGCUGCUGAUCUUGUGUUCUUCAUUCUCAUGCUUUAUUUUUCUCUCAUUCCACAGGAAGUUUACUGAAGACUGAUUGUCUCCAGAGGGGAAAACAUCACCAGGGGGGCCUUGGUCCCCAACACUCUCAUCGACUUCGGCUCCGAACUCCUAAAACUGCCCCUCACUGAGGUCGUUUCCCAACAGAAGUGGGAGGAGCCAAAGUAAUCGAAAGCUUGUUGUGCGUGACAAACACAACGCGUCUGUGGAAUGUGAAUCUGCCCACUGCGAUGCUUUUCUAGUCGGGUCUUAUCACCUGCCAAAAUGAGGCUGAUGCCCUGCUCGCCUCCGCCCGUUCUGCCCGCCAUUGUGGCUCUCACCUUAGCCGUCGCCGCCUUACCUCUUCUGUCCUCAGGGGCCACACCGUUCCCCCAGGACCUGGAGCCAGUCAGCAUCGUGGGCAGAGAGUCAUCAUACCUCUACCCGAGCUUCCAGGGACUCUUGUCGGACAAUGACACCGUCCGCCUAGGCCUGGACUUCCAGAGGAUGCUGAAGAUCAACCACAUGCUCUACAUUGCUGCCAGGGACCAUGUGUUUGCCAUCAAUCUCGCAGAGUCAUCUGAGCAGAUAAUCCCAAAACAGAAACUGACGUGGAAGACAAAGAACGUGGAGAAAUGCACUGUGAGGGGGAAGAACAGCGACGAAUGUUACAACUACAUCAAAGUGCUGGUUCCCCGUAACGAUGAAACACUGUUUGCCUGCGGCACCAAUGCCUUCAACCCCACCUGUCGUAACUACAAGAUGUCCACACUGGAGCAGGAAGGGGAGGAGGUGGUGGGACAGGCGCGCUGUCCGUUUGAGUCCAGACAGUCCAACGUUGGACUUUUCGCAGGUGGAGAUUUCUACUCGGCCACAAUGACCGACUUCUUGGCCAGCGAUGCUGUCAUUUACAGAAGCCUGGGAGAAAGCAGCCCCGUCCUGCGUACAGUCAAGUAUGACUCCAAAUGGCUGCGGGAACCUCAUUUCCUCCACGCCAUCGAGUACGGCAACUACGUGUACUUCUUCUUUAGCGAAAUCGCCGUAGAGUACACCACACUUGGCAAGGUCGUUUUCUCCCGAGUGGCUCGUGUUUGUAAGAACGACAACGGUGGUUCGCCCAGAGUUCUGGAGCGUUACUGGACGUCGUUCCUCAAAGCCCGUCUUAACUGCUCCGUCCCCGGUGACUCCUUCUUCUACUUUGAUGUCCUGCAGUCGCUGACCAAUGUUCUCCAGAUCAACCACCGGCCAGCAGUUCUGGGUGUCUUUACCACACAGGCCAACAGUAUCACCGGUUCUGCUGUCUGCUCUUUCUACAUGGACGACAUCGAGAAAGCCUUCAGUGGCAAAUUCAAAGAGCAGAGAAACAGCGAGUCGGCCUGGACACCUGUUCCUGAGGAGCAGGUCCCGAAGCCAAGGCCUGGCUGUUGUGCAGGCGAGGGCUCAGCUGCUGCCUACAAGUCAUCCACCACCUUCCCCGAUGACACCCUGACCUUCAUCAAGUCCUACCCUCUCAUGGACGAGGCCGUGCCCUCGGUCAACCACAGACCCUUCUUCACCCGCACCACCAGCAGGUUCAAGUUGACCCAGAUAUCAGUGGACACCUCAGCAGGGCCCUUCAAGAACUACACUGUGGUUUUCCUGGGCUCUGACAACGGCCAUGUGCUCAAAAUCCUCACCAGCACUGAGGGAGCUAACGCGUCCUUCAGCACGCAGCUCCUGGAAGACAUCGAUGUCUAUAAUCCCAACAAGUGUAAUGUACGGGGCGAGGACAGGAGAGUGCUGGGCCUGGAGCUGGACCGGGAUCACCACGCUCUGUUUGUGGCCUUCUCUAGCUGUGUGAUCCGUGUGCCGCUCAGCCGCUGCUCAGACUACAGCACCUGCAAGAAAAGCUGUCUGUCUUCUCAGGACCCGUACUGCAUUUGGCUCAAGUCUGGCAGCUGUGCCACUGUCUCACCUGGUCUCAAGGGUGGUUUCGAACAGGAUGUGGAGAACGGCUUCUCUCAGCAACCAGAUACCUGCCACGACGUCCUGGCAACUACACGGAAGCAGAAUACAGCACUAGAUUCGGCGUAUGGAAAGACCACACCCACAAGCGCCAGCACGACCCAUCAUGGGGCUGAAUUUCCAAAGGAGGCAGGUGACCCUGAAAGAGGUACAGGUCCCGAUGGCCCUCCCCCAGGGGGGGAACAAGGGUCACCUGACUCGGAGCCAAUCAGUGUGGAGAUGGAGGGAGUAAGGCGGCCACCUGAACUCGACAAGACCAACCACAGCGUCCACUACACACUCCUCAUCGCUUGUGUCGUGGUUGCCUUUGUCCUCGGUGCCUUCCUCUCUGGUUUCCUGGUCUCCUGCUACUGCAACCAUUCAGGCCACAAGACUAAGAAGUUGGCCAAAGAUCCGGAGGCUCCCAUACCUCACGCCCUGUCCCUGCGCAGCCUGGCCAAGCUCAACGGCCUCCUUGAUGGCCAAAGUAAGGAUGACAAGCUGGAGGUGUCAUCUCCAAAGAUCUAUAAUUCUUUCUUCACGAACAGCAAAGAGCAUCAUGCACCAAGGAGAAGUCAUGGGAUGUCCAUGGGAGACCUGGUUCACCCACACCAUCGCCACCUUCAUCACUCAUCAGAGCUCUCUGGUCUGCCAACGCCAGACUCCACCCCAGAGCUGCCAAUCAAGAGCAUGAAGGCCUUUAGGAACCAGUGGGAAAAGAACCAGAAUUGCAACAAUGCCAAAGAACCAAAGUCCCACAACAUGAGCUCCAGGCCCAGCUCAGCCUUGCUUCACCAGCAGGUCUUUCCAUAUUCCCACAGCCUGGCUAAUGGGCAGGCACUGGUUGGAAGUCACCUCCAUCCAGAGGAACGCAAAAUCCACAACGUUGAACGCGUGAUGUCCCAGCAGCCCUAUUCUGGAUACCCUCAGAAGGUGAUGGAAGUAACCUCACUGGAUGAGAUCCUGAAACACAUCCAUGAGGCCAGCAGCAGUAAGAACUCACAGCUGAUGAGUCCAUCAGGCCUGAUGGCCAGCGGUGGAAGUGCAGGAGCUCAGUUAGCAUUCGCAAAUCGCAUCCAGCCUCAGAUCCCUGAGACUGAAUCGGCCCCUUACUACAGCUCCUCAACUUUACCCCGAGACAGCCUCACCCGACGCAUGGAUGUUCCUCCUGACAUCCCCCCGCAUCACCAGUCCACUCUGGAGAGGAGGCACUCAUCCCAGAGGCAUUCUUUAGUAGCUGCAGCCAACAAAAUGCCUAGUGGAGGUGGAGCAGGAGCGACAGGUGGAGGAGGAGGAGGGGGAGGAGGAGGAAUGAUGCCCCGCCAGCACAGCUUCAGCCAACGGAACGGUGGUCCCCACCAACCUCCCCCUCUACUCGCCCGGAUGAACUCAACAGGCAGCGCCUGUGAGGUUCACUACCCCCUUAUCCCUAACGGAUACAUGGCACGUCAGCACAGCUACAACGGUGAGCAGGAGGUCCCUCAUCGGGGCGCCAUUGUCCGUAGGGCCUCCUCUCUCAAACCUGAUGUCCCUCCAAAACCUUUGUUCAUACCUGCCACAUCCCCAGUCAACCAGCAGGGGAAGUUCAACUACUGAGGAGCAUCUACUCCAGGACUACAGAGGGAGGAAGUGAGUCCCCCUCACUGUGUUGUCUUAAAGGACACUUCUCUUUGAACAAAUGCACAGGGUUUGAGGUUCGCAGACCUUUGUGAGAAAACACAGCUGAUAAUCCGACAGCCACGGAAUCACCGUGGACAAAAGCCUCAACCAAACUUGUAUUUUGCUCCCUCCCCUGUUCUUUUUGUCCAGCGAAUAUCUUUGUACCAUAUUGGUAUUGCUCAGCUACUUGCUUAUAAUAGAACCGCUGACUCGGGUGACGUGACGCCACCUCCUAAUAUUAGGCUGCCAAUGUCCUCAGUGUGGAUUUACAAUGCAAACUUAGUUUUUGGACACAUCAUUGUUUGGGGGGGAGGGGAGGAAAAAAAAAUGCCAACAUCAUCAGUCAUCUUGAAGACUUUAAAAAGCCAGAGGCUCCAGCGAUGCUUAGAUUCAGGCUUUUUUGCUUAACCUUUUUUCUGAUGUAGUGUUGGUAACCAGUUCCCACACACCCCGCCCUCGAAUGUGUUUAUAAUAUGCAUGUGUGUGUAUAUAUAUGUGUGUUAAUAUCCACACCGUAUAUGUAUACAUAUACAUUUGCAGUAUAUGUAACCCGUGGUGAAAAAGUCAGCGAGCCCCUCCCCUCCCCCCAAGGUAGUUCUGUCUUUGCCUUAUUGCACACAUAUUCAUAUUUUGCAUAUCAAACUAACCAAUCCAUCCCCACACACACACACACACACACACACGCUCAGUAUGACAAAGACAAAUAUUGCAC